AUGACGAGAAGGAAAUCUCCGGUCGUCUUGCCUCAACCCGCUACACCGGUUCUUCGUCGAUCGGCGAGGCUUAUCUCUCUGCAAAACCGAGAUGGUCAAGUGAGAUCUGGGAAAGAUCUGGCCUUUCGCUCGGAACCACCACCGAGGAGAAGCGGCCGGAAACUCGUCGCAGAAGUAUCCGGGAGAUUAGCGUUCGAAGAUUCGAGCUCGAAGAAAUCCCCUGGAUCCAACAGUUCGAUUGAUGGGUUUCCUACGCCGAGGCGAUCUCUUAGGAUUUCGAAAAUGGGAUUUUCCGAUGCCGGCAAAGAGGAGCCUUCUCGGUGUGAUUCUGCGAAACCUGCAGUUACCCCAUCGUCUCGCGUGAAAUCGACCAAUGCCUCGUCUUCUUUUACUCUGAGACGAUCUCCUAGGUUCUCGAGUGGAGGAGGAUCUCUGAGACGGUCUCCUAGAUUCUCGAGUGGAGGAGGAUCAGGUAACUGUGUUUUGAGUAGAUGUAGUACGAAUUCAAUUUCAUCUGAGAAAGGAAACGGUGGAGAUAGUGUGAGAUCUAGGGACAGAAGUAGAAGUAGAAGUAGAAGUAGAAGUCGUCCUCGUCCAAAGACUAAGCAGAUGUUUAGAGAUAGUGAUGAUAAUGAAGAAGAAGAAGUUAACUGUGUUUUGAGUAAGAGUUGUACGAAAUCAGUCUCAUCUGAGAAAGGAAAUGAAGGAGAUGGUGUGAGAUCUAGGGACAGAAGUAGAAGUAGAAGUCGUCCUCCUCCGAAGACUAAGCAGAUGUUUAAAGAUAUUGAUGAAGAAGAAGAAAAAGAAGAAGUUACUGAGAAGAAAAGGAUGAGACUUGCAAAGGAAAACGAGGAAGAAAAUGCUGUGCCAAAAGCUGAUGAAGGGAAGAGAAUAGAAAUGGAAGUAGUAGAAGAAGAAGGAGGAUUGAAGACAAAGAACAAGCUUGAGAAAGGAUGGACAGAGGAGCUGGAGGUAGCUUUACAGGGAGCUUAUUUGACAGUGAAGCCAAGCCCUCAUUUCUGGAAGAACGUUUCUAAGAUGGUACCUGGAAAAUCGGCUCAGGAAUGUUUCGAUAGAGUGAACUCAGAUCUCAUCACUCCUCGUCAACCUCAGCCUCGAUCAAGAGCCAGGAAGACAAACUUAUCACCAAUUCCCCACUUCUCGCUCUCUGCAACCAAACUCUUGAAACCCAAUUCACCAAAGACUAAGGUACGGCAGCGCAGAAACAAUCUCUCAAAGAAAACGAUCAGGCAUUUACUUGAGAAGCAAAAUCAAAUGGAUCAAGGUCUUGGAUAUGAUCUCUUCUCAGUUCUUGAGCCUGGCUGCACAAGCAACUUUCUCUCAACUCCCAUGGAGAAAGGGAAAACUCUUCCGAAAAUCCUUGAAUGUCCAGUGCCUGCUUCAAGUGAAGAUCAAACAAAGCUCGUUAGCCCUGCAGUGCUGAAACCGGUGAAGAACAAGGCGUUGCAUGAGAAGUACAUUGAUCAUCUGCAUGCAAGGGAAGCUAAAAGAAAGGCAGAGUCUUCUAGACUGGCCCGGAAAGAGAACAUAAGGCCUACUGAGAAUCAGAAGAAGGAUUCAGUUAUAGCGGCUAAAGAUGCCCUUUUCUUUGAUGUACAAGAUGCAGUCCAGAAGCUUAAGAGUUUGCAGGCUGAGAACUCAUCUAGCUCUUCAGAACUUUGCUAUGACACUGACGAAGAAGAUGAAACAAUCUAG